AUGCAAAAUUCAAUGGACGAAAUAUUAACUCUUAUAAGUCAAGCAACAUCACCACAAGUUCACGCACGUAUUGCAGAACUUCUUCAUACCUUACUAAACACGUGUUAUCAAGAAUUUUUACGUAAUCAAGAUAAACGUGAUCAUGUUGAAAAAUUUCAAGUACAUACAAAAAAAUUAUUGGAUAUAUCAUUGGAAUUAUUAUCAAGUGAUAUGGCAAAUAUGCAAUAUUUAGCAUUAAUAACAAUAAAUCGUUUAUAUGACGUAUAUGUAUAUCAUAAUUUAAUAAAUCCAGGUCGUUAUAAUGCAUGUUAUAUACCACCAUCAAGACGACAAUUAACACUAAAUUCAAUGAUAAAUGUAAAUUCUUCAACAUCAAAUUCAAAUUCUCUUGAUGAUUCAAAAUAUGGAAAUGAUCGUUUACCAAAAACCUCAGCAUUAUCAAGUAUAUUAAGAAAAAUUUCACGUGAAACAGAUGAAAAACGAGCUGUAGCAGCAGCAGCAACUGGUGGUGGUAGUAGUAAUACUUAUUCAAGUUCAAAAGUAUCAUCAAAUACAACACAACAAACUUCUGGACCUGGACCUGGUGGUGGCGGUGGCGGUGGCGGUGGUAGUGGUUCUAGUGGAAAUACGGGAAUAUUAACACGUGAAGCAUCAAAACGAUGGAUUCCAUUGUAUAGUAAUAAUGAUAAUAUAGCUCCAACAUCAUCAUCUUCUCCUGUUUCUCUUCCAUCAUCAUCAGCAAAUAUAUCAACAAUACAAGGACAAAAAACAUCAUCAAUUGAUUCAACAACAAAUCCUCAAAUAUCACCAUCAAAUUUAUCUAAAUCACAUUUACUUAAUUCAGAAAAUUUAACAACAAAUAAUUCAUCAACAAUAUCAAAUGAUACUUUAAAUGCAGUUUAUACAUAUGAACCAUUUUCAUUGUUAUAUCAAAUUGAACCAAUACAUCUUUUACGUUUAAUGCGUACACGUUUAGAUGCACAUCGAAGAGAAUUUAAUAAUCGACCUAAAUGUGUACCAUCAACACGUUCACCCUUAUGUACACAUCAUUGUGUUGUUAUAUUAGCGGCACGUAUAUUAACAAUACUUUGUCAAGAUCAUACGUUUCAAAUGAGAUUUAUUAGUACAAAAGAAAAUUUAGCUAUUAUUAUUGAUAUGUUGAAUAUUAAUAAUGAUCCGCAUUUAAUUUGUUUGAUUUUACAAACAUUGGGUGUUCUGGCAUUAAAUCCCGAUUCUCAUGAAAUAUUAACACAAGCCGAUAUACCCGAUACUGUUUUACAUUUAAUUUUACCUGCUGACGAAAUGUUUUAUACAAAUCAAACAACGAAAUUUGCUCGUUAUGUUAAACAUCUUGGUGCAAGAAUUCUUAUUUAUAUGGGUUUACUUACAAAAGUUAGCAAUAAAGUUAAUCUAUUUGAUAUACUUGAUGUUGAACCAGAACCACUUGAUUGUGAUAAACCACAAUCAUUUGAAAAUAAUUUUGUUCAUCAUAUGGCUAUCGGUGAAACAGUUGUUGGAACAUUAUGGACAUCAUUUGCUGGAAUUUGUAUUGAAAAAUUGCUUGAUGAAUUACUUAAAAAUGGAAUUAAUCCAAAAAGAUCUACAUCAAAAGAAUGUCAAGAUUCAUCUCAAGUACCAACAAGUCCAACAUCAUCACCAUCCGUAACAGCAAUGAUUAAUUCAAGUGAUAGUCUUCUUUAUAAUCUUUCGUAUUUAUCAUCUGUGAUACAUCCUGUUAUCAUACUUCGUUUACUUGAACAUCGUUUAUUUACACCAUUAUUUAAAAAAAAAUCAGUUCCUAAUAAUCCAAUAUCAUUAUCAACUACACAACAAAUCAAUGAUAAUAAAAAUUCAUUAUCAUCUAUAACACCAAAUAUAGGUACAUCUGCACUUGCAUCUAUUCCAACAUUACCAAGACUAGAUCCAUUAAAACAACAACGAAAUUCAUUAACAAAAGAUAAUGUACCAUCAACAAAUGAUCGUUCAUCAUUAUUAACAAAAUUUACACAAUCAACAUAUGAUAAACAUCGAAAAGUAUCGAAAAAUACAGCACCGCAAACAUCUCUAACAGGUAUAAUGCCAACAAACACUCAAAUAUUAACGAAUACUAAUCUACCAAUAACAUCAACAUCAUCCGGUGGUAUAAACGCAAAUGAUUUAUCAUUAUUAUUAACAUCAGCUAUAUCAUCAUCGUCAUCAGCAACAACAACAAAUACUUCCAAUCAACCGAGUACAGCACGUAAAUGGUUUUGGAGAUAUACAGAUAAAAAUACACAAUCAAAUAUAACUAAUGAUCGUAAUCCAUUAUUACAAGCUAUUGUUGAAACAGAUUCAUUAAUGUCAAAAACUAAUAUUCAAUCACCAACAAAUGCAACAGCAAAUGUAGCUGGUGUUGGUGAAAUAAAAUUGUUAGAAAAAGAAUUAUUAAAUUUACCCUCAUUUCAAUUAAGUGAUUCACAAAAUCCAUUAUUACCAAGUCCAACAUGUUUAAAUUAUGAUUUUUCAACACAAUUUGAUCAAACAAAUUCAACAACAAGUCUUAAUACUCAUCGACAAUAUUCAUCACCAGGUUCAUCAUCAAAUACGAGAGGACGACAAACAAAAAAUUUAUUUAAAUCAAAAAUCAAUGAUGAAGAUUCUGGAUCAUCUGUAACAGACAACGGUGGCGGUGGUAGUCUUUCGACAACUCUGAAUAUUCCAUUUGUUGCUGUACGUACUCCAUCUGAUGAUAGUAAUAAAUCGUCAAGUUAUAAUAGUAGUCCAUCAAGACAUUUAUCAUCAUCUGAUAAUCGACAACAACGUUCUCUAUCGAAUACACGUAUAUCUGUACGAGGAACAGUAAAAAGUUUAUUUCGUUCAUCAAAAACAGUCGAUAACAUGUCGAAUGCACCAACACAUGUAAAUAAUAAUUCAAUAAAUCCUUCUGUACGUAAACGAAAUUCAUCAAAAUUAAAAUCUUCAUCAGCACAUAUGAAUAAUCAACUAUCACAUUCGCAACCAAUUGUAACAGAAUCAUUAAUAAAUGAUAAUAAUUCACAUUAUGAAUCAGCAUCAAUUAGUCAUACUGAACAAACACCAUUAAUUGAUCGUCGACACCAAUCAAAAUCUCAUAAUCAUACAAAAACUUCAUUAGACAAUACACGUCAUAAUAGUAAUAAUAAUAAUAAUAAUAAUAAUAAUAAUAAUAAGGAUGUACGUUUGAAUCGACAUGGAUUACAUUUACCACUUGAAAUAGACGGUUUACAUCGUAGUCGUUCAUGUACAGAUGGAAUUAAAAUGCCAACAAAUACUCAAGAAACAAAUUUAUCAAGUGGUGCAUCAAUUAUGCCAACAAUAAAUUCAAAUCUUCAACCAAAUUUUAGUGAUGUUCUAUCAUCACGUUCAACAGAUAGUACAACAUCUUUACUUUCCGCUUAUUUAUCACCUCAACAUCCAACAACAGCACAAUUAUCAGCACCAACACAAACUAAUAGCAAUGGAAAAAAUGAUAUGAAUAAAUCACAAGACUCACUUUUUAGUUUUUCAUCACCUGUACAAAAACAACGUUCAUUUAAAUCACUUAUUAUGGCUGCAACAACACAAGAUACAGCUACAAAACAAGGCAAUGAAGUUCUUUUUCUUAUUGCUAGUUGGGUAUUAAGAUCGCCUGAAGAUUUUCAAGAUUAUCUUGUACAAAAAGAAUUAAAGAGUUUUUUUGCUUUACUCGAAUCAUUACGUAGUUCAUUUCGUAGUUGGACAAGUCAAAUAAAGGAGAUACUUGCUCUUCAAGAUGUUGAGUCACCAUUAGGUACAGAACUGGAUGAUGUUAAUAAUGAAGAUAUUUAUCGAGAAUAUAUUAAAAUGCAACGAGAUAUUGUUGCUGGACGUUUAAUUUGUUCAAAAGAAGAAGCAGCUACUUUAGCUGCUGUACAAUUACGUCUAGAAGCAUGGCCAGAAGAAAAUCUUGAACUUGCUGAAGAGGAUGAAUUACAUACAUUAAAUAUAAGCUUAAAUGAUCAAAACUCACCAUCAUCAUUAACUGGUACAAGUGGUGUUUCUGGUUUACAUUCAAUGACAGCAUCAUGGCGUGAUCGGCAUCGUCGUAAUAUAGUUAAAUUUCGUUUAACUGAUAUACCUUGUUGUAAACGUGUCGAUUCAAGUAUACAUAAAGCGAAAAAACCAUUUCUUCCACCAAAUUUUCGUAAUAGUAAUGAAAUUCUUAAAUUAAUCAAAGAUAAACAACGAAAAUUAUUUCAUAUAAAUGAUUAUGAUAAUCCAACACGUUUAAAAGAAUGUUACGUACGUUUAUGUCGAAAUUUACCUUGUUAUAAUGCAGAAAUAUAUAUUGUUAAAGAAAUUCAUGGCAAACGAUCAAAACGAAAAGGAAAUCGACUAUUAUGUAUUCGUUCGGAUAAAAUCUGUUUAUUAGAUAUGAAAACACGUAUUAUUUAUAAAGAACAACGUAUUCCUGAUCUUGAGCAUUGGAUAACAAGUGGACAUCAUUUAAGUGCUGGUACAAAUGAUCUUGUUUUAGAAUUUCGUAAUAAAACAAAAUGGCGUUUACAAUUAAAUACUACAGCUGAUUUACGUGCCAUAACUGUUUAUCUAUGGAAAAUUGUUAAUGUUGAAGGUUUUGCAUUAUUUGAUAAACACAUUCCAUUAAAUACACCAAUGCGUCGUUGUUCUCAAUCACAUCAAACAGGACGUCGUAUGACAAUUGUACCAACAGCAACAACAACAGGAACAAAUUCAAAUAAAAAUCCAUAUCAAACAAUAGCCGAAAUGUAUAAAAAUUCAACAACAAAUAGUCAAACAAAUCAAAAUAUAACAACAUCAACAGAUCAUAUACAAAAUGUAACAAGUGUAAUGCAUAAUAAUCGUACAACAACAUUAUCUGGAUUACUAUUUAAUUCAUUAUAUAUUCAUCCAUCUGAUCAUACACAGCCAUUAUGUUUUUCAUCAGAUCUUGAAGAAUUAAAAUAUUUAUUUGAUUUUCCAGAAGAAGUUGCUAUACGUCUAACUGAAAUAGAACAUGAAAUAUUUCUUAGUGUACCACCAUUACAAUAUUUAAGACAUUUAACACUUGAUAUGUCAUUAUUACCAACAGGUGAUACAUCAAUACAAGGAAAAAGUAUUCGAAUUCUUGUACAACGUUUUCAAGCUGUUGGUUCAUUUAUUCAACAAUUAAUUGUUUCACAAACUAGUUUUCAAGAACGUAAAGCUAUUGUUGCAUCAAUACUUCGAUGUGCAAUUACUUGUUGGUAUAUUGGGAAUUUUAAUAGUGCCAUGCAAAUAUUAGCAGGAUUAAAAAUUGAAGCAUUUCGUCCAUUAUGGUUAACCAUAACAGAUGAAAUUCCUGGCUUUAAAUUUCUUACUGAUGCAUUUAACUCAAAUGAAAAAACACCUCAAUAUUGUGAUGCUGUUAGUCGAGCAUUAGAUAUUCCCACAUGUAAAGUUGUACCAUUUUUUGGUACGUUUCUUAAAGAUCUUCGUUCAAUCUUAAGCAGUGUACCAAGUAUUGUUGUUUUAUGUAAUCGUAACACACAAAAACCAAUUGAAACUGUCACUGAUUUUCAAAAUCAAGAACAUUUUCUAACACGUAUUGGUGUUGGUGGUUUAAUAAAUACACGAAAAAUCGAACUUGUUCAUAUGGUUUUAAAAGAUAUUGCAAUGUUUCAUAAUCGUCAUCGUCGUCAACCAUUAUAUAAAUGUUGUAAUGAUUUUAAUCGUGUUAAAUUACCUUCACAAUCAUUAAUACCAGAUAUGAAAGAAAAACAUGCAGCAACUGUUUGUGUUCCAAGUAGCAACGAUUCAACUGAUAAAAUACCAAAAUCAAAAUAUAAUCGUCAUCAAUCAUUUCCAUGUACAUCAACAACAAUAACUGAAUAUGAUCAACGUCGUAUGGCUAAUAUAGCUAUUCAAGUUAUUGGAGAUAAUGAAACAUCUAAUGCGAAUAGUGAUACAACAAAUACUGUAUUACCAUAUCGUUCAGUACUUGAUAUUGAUGAACCAGAAACAUAUUAUUGUUUAAAUGUAUCAUUUUAUCAACCCAUAACACAGCCAAAACAUAAUCAUGAAGUAUCACUUUUAUCAAUGCAUCAUAUUAUUGAUUUUAAUAAUUUACAAAUGCUCCGAAAUGGUACAACAUUAAUUCUUUAUGAUGAAGAUACUAUGCAUACAUGUUUAGUUACUGUACGACUUGAACUUGAUAAUUGUACAUUAACUUGGACAAAACCAUCUUGGGAUACUCAUCGAAGUAUUGAAAAUGUAAAUACAGCUAAUCAAGUAUCAAGUGAAGCAGCACAUUAUUCAAUUCUAAUGAAACGUUAUAUACUACGUGAUGUAGCAUUUGUUGAUAUGGACGAAGGUUUUCUUCAAUUAAAAUAUGUUAAACAUAUUCGAAGUGGUAUUCUUCAUUGUGAUCUUCUUCCAAUAAUAAAACGUUAUAAAUUAAAUGAUAUAUCAAAUCCAGAAAAUUGUUUUACUAUUGUUUAUGGUGCAUCAAUUAGUGAAAACAAAUCUCUUUGUUUUAUAAGUCCAAAAUAUUGUUCACAAAUUUGGUAUUCCAGUAUAGAUAAGUUAAUAACACAAUAUCGUAAACAUCGUUUAUGUUCGGAUCGACGUAUUGUUUGGCUUAAAAAUCAAUAUUUAUCAUUAUAUCAUGAAAAUGAACGUUUUCAAGGGCCAACACCAAUGAAUGCUGUACUUGUAUUUGGUGGACGGCAAUGGAAUUCAAGUUCAUUAUUUUCAUAUGAACGGGAUCAUCAAUCUUCGAAAAAAACUGGUAGUGUGAUGAAAUCAUGGUCAAAUUUAGGAUUGAAAAAACGAAAUAAAUAUGAACAGGAUCGUAAAGCAAGUUUUUCAACUGAAUCUGAUCCAACAACAGCAUCAAAAUGGCAAUUACAUAAUUCAACAUUAGCUUUUCGUAAUAAAUCUAAAACACUUGAUUAUAAAACAAAGUCAAAUCUUGUUUCGCAAAAUGUUAAAUCUCCACGUACACUAACACAUCAUCAAACUAAUUGUAAACAACGUUCUGGUAUAACUAAUCAUCCAUCAACACAUCGCACAACAAUAACAACAACAAAUACCUUAAAUAGUAUAAUUAAUACAAAACGUUUAGGUAAUCGUUUAACAUCAACAAAUACAAAUAGUCAAGUUCAAGAUACAUCAUCACCAUGGAUUAUAAAUGAGACAUAUAUGGAUUUUCCUGAAUUUGUUGAAUUAUUUAAAUCGUUUUAUUUUCAUUGUCGACGAGAUUUAAAAGAUUUAUUUGAUAAAGUUGCAUCAGAAAUUAAUCUUGAACAAGAUUAUACACUUAAAGAACAAUAUAAAAAUGAUUCAUUAGAUAUAUUAAGACAUUUAACCGGUUUAAUAACAAGAAAUAUAGUUGAUGAUAUAACUGAUGCAAGUAUACGUCGAAUUUAUGAUAUGAUUGCUAUAUCAUCUAUACCUUGUUAUGCAAUAAGUACACAUACACGUGGAAAUUAUCUUAUAACAAAAGAACAAUUUCGUGAUUUUUUACUUGACCAUCAAAAAGAAGAUAAAACUUCCUAUGAUAUUGAACAGAUUAUUUAUCGUCAUGAACCUAAUCGACAAAAUCGUUUAAACAAAGUUCUUUCAUUCGAAGGCUUCUCACGUUUUUUAUUGGAUAAAGAAAAUUAUGCUUUUGUUAAUGAACAUACAAAAGUCAAUGAACAAGAAAUGGAUUAUCCAUUAUCAUAUUAUUUUGUUGCAUCAUCACAUAAUACAUAUUUAACUGGACAUCAAUUACGUGGUGAAUCAUCAGUUGAAAUGUAUCGUGAAGUUCUUUUAUCCGGUUGUCGUUGUGUUGAACUUGAUUGUUGGGAUGGUGAUGAUGGUUAUCCAGUUAUAUAUCAUGGUCGUACAUUUGUUAGUAAAAUAUCAUUUAAACUUGUUGUUGAAGUUAUUAAUGAAAGUGCAUUUGUAACAUCACCAUAUCCUGUUAUAUUAUCAAUUGAAAAUCGUUGUUCAUUAAUGCAACAAGCACGUAUGGCACAAAUAUUUGUUAAAGUAUUUGGUGAUAAAUUAAUAACAAAAUAUAUGUUUGAUACUGAUUUUUAUGAAGAUCCAUCAUUACCAUCACCAAAUCAAUUAAAAUAUAAAAUUUUAAUAAAAAAUAAAAAAAUUAAUAAAAUGCAUUCAACAACACAAUUAAGUAAACAAAAAGUACAAUUAAGUGUUAAUUAUAGAAAUUCUGUUUAUUCAUCACCUGAUGAUAAUGAAGAAGAUGAAGAUUCGGAUGAUGAUGAACUUAUUGAUGAUUAUAAUGAUGAACAAUUAGUUAGUGGAGAAUCACAACGUUCGAAUUCUAUGACUGAUUCACCAAUGUAUCAUUUGAAAAAAUCACAUGCUUCGGGAAAUGUUGAUCAAGAUGGUGAUGAUGAUUUAUCAUAUCAACAACGUCGAUAUAGUAUAUUAAAUAGUGAACCACGACAACGUUUAAAAAGUAGUAGUUCAAUUGAUGCUAAUCAAGUAUUAAAACCAAAUAAAUCAGCUAAUGUUAUAGUUAAAGUACCAGCUAUAUUGGUGGCUAAAGAAUUGUCGGACAUUGUUAUUUAUACACAAGCAAUUAAAUUUCGAGGUUUAUGUUGUUCAACAGCAGCAGCUGGUAUGACUGGUGGUAAACCAAUCCGAAAGGUCCCAAAACGUAAUAUUCAGCAGCUUGUUGCACAACCAAGUACUACGAGUACGAGCACUGAAAGUUCUCGAUCAGUUGAUCAAGUUUCACCUUGUCAUCAAAUCGUAUCAUUAAUUGAAAAUAAAGCAAAAAAAUUAUGUAAAAAUCAAGCUGUCGAUAUGAUUGCUCAUACUGAAACACAACUUGUUCGAUGUUAUCCAAGUGGAUUUCGUGUUGAUUCAUCAAAUUUUAAUCCAUUACAUUUAUGGACAUACGGCAUUCAAUUGGCUGCAACCAAUUAUCAAACACUUGAUCCUGGACAAAUCCUUAAUUUAACUAUGUUCGAACAAAAUGGUAAUUGUGGUUUUGUUCUUAAACCUAAUGUGUAUUGGGAUAAAGAACAUCCACAAUAUGCUCAUUUUAAUCCAUCCGUAAUCGAACGUGAAGGUCCAUGUUUUGAAUUGACAGUUACUAUUAUUUCUGGUCAAUAUUUAACACAAAAUAUUGGUUCAACAACAAGUGUUUAUAUUGAAGUUGAACUUCUUGGUAUACCAAUUGACUGUAUGUCAAGAAAAACAAAACCAUCUGUUAAAAAUUCACUUAAUCCUAUUUGGCAAGAGACAUUUGUCUUCCAGCUUUUUUUCAUCGAAUUAGCAUUUGUUCGUUUUCAUGUAUACGAUGCUGGAAGUAAUCAUUUAAUGUCUCAACGUGUUAUGCCAUUAAAAUGUCUUCGAGCUGGUUAUCGACAUGUUCGUCUAAGAGAUAUUACAAAUGUUCCAUUAGAAUUGGCAACAUUAUUUAUUUAUUCAAAAAUAACUGAAACAAUUCUUAUACGAAAUCCUGAACAAGAUUUAUCAACAUCAAAUACACCACAUUUAUUUCGUAAUCGAAUAUUAAGACGAACAGUUGAUCCACCAGAAGUUGUUGCUGCAAGUCGGGAAUCUAUUCGACCUAAACAUAAAACAUUUGAAGUUAAAGUUUACGGAAAAGAUGGACGUGAUGAAGAAUUUCGACCAUUUGCUGUAACACAAUAUACAACAGUUGAAGAACUUAUGGAAAUGAUUGCUAAGGCAAAUGAUUUUCUAAAAGUUGGUGAAACAAUAAAUGAUAUAGUGUUAACAGAAUCGUCUAAAACAUGGAAAAAGAAAUCUUCUUCAUCAUCGAAACAUACUGAUAUACCACCACGAGUUUUAGAAAAACAUGAACGUAUUCUUGAAGUUAUUGAUCGUGUUGGUCGUGAAACAGUUAUUUUAAGUAAAAGAAAAGAACAAACACAACAACAUUUAUCAUUAUCAACAUUAAUUGAUAAAAAUAUACAAAAUUGGGAAAACUGUGAUCGAACAUUUCUUGUUACCAUCUAUAAUAUUUCACCUAUACAAAAACAUACAACAUUUCGAACACCAGCUAAUUCAACUGCUAUUCAUGUUAUAACACAAUUAAUGACAAAAAUACGUAUGACAGGUAUGCCAAAUGAUUAUGGACUUGUAGAAGAAACAGAUUUAAAUAAAACAAAUACUACUCGACGUAUACCAAUAAAACGUCGUUUAUUAGCUGAUGAUGAAAAAAUCUAUGGUAUACAACGAUUAUGGACAUCGACCAAUUCAAAAUUUGUUCUAGUUAAAAAAGCUGAAUAUCUAGAAACGAAUAAUAAUAAAGCAUUUACAGAUAAAUUUCUUUUUCGUUCAAUAGCAAGACAAAAAUCAAUUGAUCGAGAUUCACAUGAAGAUCUUCAUCUUGAUCAUCAAUCAAAACAACGAACAACAAAUAAUUUAAAUUCAAAUACAACCUUAAAUGGUACAUUAAUUAAUAAUCGAGCAACACUUGCACCAACACCACCUAUUCCUAAAAAUCGUCAUAAUAAUAAACGUUCAUUAAAAACAAUAUUUUCAACAAUGAAAUCUUGA